CCGGCUGUCCAUCACAUCCCUGGCUUCGAGGUAAUGCCUUCCUCCUGUUUGCAGCUCCUAGGCCCUUCUGCGGACUCUGACCUGCCGUACCCCCCGCCCCAGCGGGAGCCCAACAUUUACAUGGUUCCCCAAGGCAUCAAACCGGUCCUGCAGCGCACGGCCAUCGAGAUCCUGGCCUGGGGGCUGAGGAACCUCAAGAGCUACCAGCUAGCCAGUGUCACCUCGCCCAGCCUGCUGGUGGAGUGCGGGGGCCAGCUCGUGCAGUCCUGCGUCAUCAAGAACGUCAAGAAGAACCCCAACUUUGACGUCUGCGUGCUCUUCAUGGAAGUGCGUUUACCCAAGGAGAGCCUGUACAGCCCCCCCAUCAUCGUCAAAAUCAUCGACAACAGGCCAUUCGGCCGAAGGCCUGUGGUGGGGCAGUGCACCAUCCGCUCGCUGGAGGACUUCUACUGUGACCCCUACCGAGAGGAGAUGGAUGGUCCCCAAGAGGCCUCAGAUGAUGUGAGCCUCACGCCCAGGGAUGAUGUCCUAAUCGACAUCGAUGACAAAGAGCCUCUUAUUCCUGUCCAGCUUGCGGAGGGUAUGACCAGCUCAGCAUUAAUUAACAUACCAGCUUCUUGGGCCCAGCCUCAUGAGGAAGAGUUCAUUGACUGGUGGAGCAAAUUCUAUGCCUCCAUAGGAGAGAGGGAAAAGUGUGGCUGCUAUUUAGAGAAGGGCUUUGACACCCUGAAGGUCUACGAGACAGAGCUGGAGAACGUGGAGGACUUUGAGCAUCUCUCUGACUUCUGCCACACCUUCAAGCUGUAUCGUGGCCGGACGCAGGACUCGAAUGAUGACCCCUCGGUUGUGGGGGAGUUCAAGGGUUCGUUCAAAAUCUACCCUCUCCCGGAUGACCCGCGAGUCCCGAUGCCGCCUCGGCAGUUCCACCAGCUGCCGGCCAGAGGAACUCAGGAGUGUCUCGUCAGGGUCUACAUCAUCCGGGCCUUCGACCUCCAACCCAAGGACGCCAAUGGAAAGUGCGAUCCCUACGUGAAGAUUUCGGUGGGAAAGAAAUCCAUUAACGACCAAGAAAAUUACCUCCCCUGUACUCUGGACCCUGUCUUUGGAAAGAUGUUUGAGCUGAGCUGCACUCUGCCCCUGGAGAAGGACUUGAAGAUCACGCUCUACGACUACGACCUCCUGUCGAAGGAUGAGAAGAUUGGGGAGACUGUCAUAGACCUGGAGAACCGGUUCCUCUCAAAAUACGGGGCACGCUGUGGCCUCCCCCAAACCUACUGCGUCUCUGGACCCAACCAGUGGCGAGACCAACUCCGUCCUUCCCAGCUGCUUCACCUCUUCUCCCUUCAGCACAACUACAAGGCUCCCACCUACAAGUCCGACCGGGUCAUCUUCAGGGAGCAAGAGUACAUCCUCUCUGAACUGGAGGAUGGCAAACCCCUCAACCCCCAUCUGGGGCCGGCGGAGGAGCGUCUUGCCCUGUAUGCCCUGCGGAAGCAAGGGCUGGUGCCGGAGCACGUGGAGACAAGACGUCUUUACAGCCCUCUCCAGCCAGAAAUCGAGCAGGGAAAACUACAGAUGUGGGUGGACUUAUUUCCGAAAUCUCUGGGUCAGCCUGGCCCCCCUUUCAAUGUCGCGCCACGCAAGGCCAAGAGGUUCUUCUUGCGCUGCAUCAUCUGGAACACCAAGGAUGUCAUCCUCGAUGACCUCAGCAUCACCGGGGAGAAGAUGAGUGACAUCUACGUCAGAGGCUGGAUGGUUGGCCACGAGGAGAAGAAGCAGAAGACAGAUGUGCACUACAGGUCUAUGGGAGGUGAGGGCAACUUCAACUGGAGAUUCGUCUUCCCCUUUGACUAUCUCCCUGCUGAGCAGAUGUGUUACAUUGCGAAAAAGGAGCACUUCUGGAGCUUGGACAAGACAGAAAACAAGAUUCCACCCCAGCUUAUCUUCCAGAUCUGGGACAACGACAAGUUCUCUUUUGAUGACUAUUUGGGCUCCAUUCAGAUGGAUCUCAACAGGAUGCCCAAACCUGCUAAGACCGCUGAGAAGUGCUCCUUAGAGCUGGUGGAUGAGACCUUGUCUUCAAGUCAUUUUGUGUCGCUCUUUGAGCAGAAAACCGUCAAGGGAUGGUGGCCCUGUGUUGCUGAGCAGGAUCAGAAGAAGAUCCUGGCGGGCAAAUUGGAAAUGACUUUGGAAAUUGUGGCAGAACAAGAGCAUGAAGAGCGACCGGCUGGCGUGGGUCGGGAUGAGCCAAAUAUGAACCCCAAGCUGGAGGACCCCAAGCGCCCAGAAACCUCCUUCCUAUGGUUCACCUCCCCGUACAAGACCCUGAAGUACAUCCUGUGGCGGCGGUACAAGUGGGUGCUUAUCCUGGCCAUCGUGCUCUUCGUUUUGCUGCUCUUCCUGGGAAUCUUCAUCUACGCCUUCCCGAACUAUGCUGCUAUGAAACUGGUGAAUCCUUUCCACUGA